CUCAUCUGUUGGACAGGAAAACUAAUCAGGAGCCAAGUAAAGACUUUUCAGUACUGCUAGCUACUGGGCUAGCAGGCUUUUUAAAGUCAACCGUCCAUACGAGUAAGAAAUACAGAAUUUGUUUAUGAAGUACAGUAUCUCUUCUGUACAACACACAAGGUUCGAGCUAUGUUUUAGUAACACGGUUUUGUUGCGCUGAAAGUAGCAAGGCGGACAGCCCCUGGCCAGCUGAAGCUUGCUGCUAGCUCAUUAACGUUAGCUGGGAAAUAAGUGCAAGUGGAGGCAAGAAAAUGGAGCUGGACGACGUAGUCCUGUAUCAGGACGACACUGGCAACUCGACCAUGAUGUCCGAGCGGGUCUCAGGUCUGGCCAGCUCCAUAUACCGCGAGUUUGAACGGCUAAUCGAAAAAUACGACGAGGACGUAGUGAAGGAGCUGAUGCCGCUGGUCGUCGCCGUACUGGAGAACUUGGACUCGGUGUUCGCUGUCAACCAGGAGCACGAAGUGGAGCUGGAGCUGCUGAAGGAAGACAACGAGCAACUCGUUACCCAGUAUGAAAGGGAGAAGGCACUGAGAAAACAUGCAGAGGAGAGGUACAUUGCCUUUGAAGACUCCCAGGAUGGCGAGAAGAAGGAUCUUCAGUGCCGACUGGUGAUGCUGGAGUCGCACACACGUCAGCUCGAGCUAAAGACUAAAAACUAUGCAGAUCAGAUCAGCAGAUUUGAGGAGCGAGAAGCAGAGCUCAAGAAGGAGUAUAAUGCCCUUCAUCAGAGACACACUGAGAUGAUCCACAGCUACAUGGAGCACCUGGAGCGGACAAAACACCAGCAUGCAGUGGCUGCACCAGAGCCCUCAGACACAGGCACAAGCACAACAGCCAGAACGCGAAAGGAGCGUCCCAUCUCCAUGGGCAUAUUCCAACUUCCUGGGACCGAUGGUAUGACCGCUGACCUCCAGAGAGAACCUGUGGACACCCCUUCUGAGCCAUGGAGAUUCAACAACCUCAGCCACCCACGGUCCAACACCAGCCUCAAGGAUGAAUUGUCCAGUGCGAACCAUGGAGGCUCCAAGUACGGUACUCCACCCAACCAGGGAAGUGUCUCCAGAAGUGGAUCCAAAUCCAACACCGCCAUGUCCUCUCAGGGUGGUACCUCUAAAUCAAGCACCCCUGCAUCUACAUCUGCUAACUCACAGUCCUCCACACCACUAUCUCCUCAUGAUGGAGGGUCCACUGGAAUGAGUCCUAUGUCCAGUGGGUCUGCCUCUGCCACACCCCUCUCUACUGCUGCUUCUGAUGUUGCCAUGGAGUCUGUGGACACGCCCCUGCAGGAACCGGAAGUUUCAGAUGGGCUCAACAAGAACCUGGACAGGAACAGUGGGAAACCAGAGAGCAGUAAGAACAUUGAAGCAGUGCAAGAAGGACAGCAGGGUCAGCUUGGACAUGAUGGUCAGGACUCUCCAUCCCUCAAAGACGAUGAUGCAGCAGACAAUCUGGAGAAGUCAGAGGUGCAGGCCAUCAUUGAAUCCACUCCUGAGCUGGACAUGGACCUUGAUGCCUGCAGAGGAACAAGCACACCAACUAAAGGUGGCAUAGAGAAUCUAGCAUUUGACCGUAACACUGACUCUCUGUUCGAGGAGCUGUCGUCUGCAGGAAACGACCUGAUAGGAGACGUGGACGAAGGAGCCGACCUGCUGGGUAUGGGUCGGGAAGUCGAACAUCUCAUCCAUGAGAACACCCAGCUGCUGGAGACCAAAAAUGCUUUGAAUGUGGUGAAAAAUGACCUGAUAGCGCGCAUGGAUGAACUGUCUUGUGAGAAGGAGGGCCUGCGAGGUGAGCUGGAUGCUGUCACUCAGGCUAAGACCAAACUGGAGGAGAAGAACAAAGAAUUAGAAGAAGAACUCAAGAAGAUUCGAGCAGAGCUUGAGGAGGCCAAACAGAAGGUCAAGAAUGACAAUGAGGAUGAUAGUGAUGUGCCUACAGCACAGAGGAAGCGCUUCACCAGGGUGGAGAUGGCCAGAGUCCUGAUGGAGAGGAACCAGUAUAAGGAGAGGCUGAUGGAGCUGCAGGAGGCUGUCAGAUGGACAGAGAUGAUCCGGGCUUCAAAAGAGAACCCAGCUCUACCAGAGAAGAAGAAAUCCAGCCUCUGGCAGUUGAUUUUCAGCCGUUUGUUCAGCUCGUCGGGCGGGGCAGCCAAGAAACCGGCGGUGGAGGCCCCAGUGAACGUCAAGUACAACGCACCCACCUCUCAGAUUCAGCCGUCCGUCAAGAAGAAGAGCAGCACCCUGCAGCAGCUACCCAGUGACAAGAGCAAAGCCUUUGAUUUCCUCAAUGAGGAAGUGGCAGCCAAUAGCGUGGUGUCCAGACGAGAACAGAAGAGGGCUCAGUACCAGCAGGUCAAAGCCCACGUCCAGAAGGAGGACGGCAGAGUGCAGGCUUACGGCUGGAGCCUGCCUAAGAAGUACAAAGCCAAUGGUGGUCAGGCAGAGAGUAAAAUGAAGAAUCUGCCUGUUCCUGUCUUCCUCAGACCACUGGAUGAGAAAGAUGCUUCUAUGAAGCUGUGGUGUGCUGCUGGUGUGAACCUCUCUGGAGGGAAAACCAGAGAUGGCGGCUCGAUCGUAGGAGCCAGUGUGUUCUACAGUGACGUGCCUGGACCAGAGAGCCCGAAAAAGAAAAUAGGAUCUCAGAGCAGCCUGGAUAAACUGGAUCAAGAACUCAAGGAGCAGCAGAAGGAGUUGCGGCAGCAGGAAGAGCUGUCGUCGCUGGUUUGGAUCUGUACCAGCACCGAGUCCACCACUAAAGCUGUCGUCAUUGAUGCCAACCAGCCUGGAAACAUCCUGGAGAGCUUCUUUGUGUGCAACGCCCACGUCCUCUGCAUCGCCAGCGUACCAGGUGCAAGAGAGACGGACUACCCAGCUGGUGAGGAAGUAGCUCCAAACUCUGAGACAGGGCCAGCCGGAGAUGGCGGCUCACAAUCAACCAACAGCAGCUCGGCUGGUGAAGACGGCGUGCUGGGAGGCAUCACUGUUGUCGGCUGUGAAGCUGAGGGAGCAGCAGCUGUCCCUCAGACAGCAGUCAGUCCGGCAACAGACGGAGAAACCGAAUCCAGACCAGCAGAGGAAGCCACAGAGGCGACAGAGGCCAGUGCAGGGCCUGCUGACCAAAGAGAGAGCCUGAGGGGAGCCUACACCGAACACGUGUUCACCGACCCGCUGGGGGCUCAGCAGACAGCAGAGGCUCUAGCCAACUACUCUCAGAGGGAGAGUGACCUGUUGAAGGAUGGAGUGAGUUCAAACCCCAGCGCAGAGGAGCAGGACCUGAUGAGAGAAGAGGCUCAGAAAAUGAGCAGCGUUCUGCCCACCAUGUGGCUGGGGGCACAGAACGGAUGUGUGUACGUCCACUCCUCUGUGGCUCAGUGGAAGAAGUGUCUCCAUUCUAUAAAGCUGAAGGACUCUGUGCUCGGCAUAGUGCAUGUGAAAGGCCGUGUACUGGUGGGUCUUUCUGAUGGCACUUUAGCCAUUUUCCACAGAGGAGUAGAUGGACAGUGGGACCUGACCAACUACCAUCUGUUAGACUUGGGGAGACCACAUCACUCCAUCCGCUGUAUGACUGUAGUGCACGAUAAGGUCUGGUGUGGCUACAGGAACAAGAUCUUUGUGGUGCAGCCCAAAGCCAUGAAGAUAGAGAAGUCGUUCGACGCCCACCCUCGUAAGGAUAGCCAGGUACGUCAGCUGGCCUGGGAUGGCGACGGUAUCUGGGUGUCCAUUAGACUGGACUCCACCCUCAGGCUGUUCCACGCUCACACCUUCCAGCACCUUCAGGAUGUCGACAUCGAGCCCUACGUCAGCAAGAUGCUGGGUACGGGGAAACUCGGCUUCUCAUUUGUUAGGAUCACAGCUCUCAUGGUGUCAAGUAAUCGUCUGUGGAUCGGCACUGGAAAUGGAGUCAUCAUCUCCAUCCCUCUGACAGAGACCGUUCCAUCAGCAGCCAACAAGGUAACCAAGGCAGCAGGUAACCAGCCAGGAAGUGCAGUCCGUGUCUACGGUGAUGACAGCAGUGACAAAGUGACGGCCGGGACAUUUGUUCCGUACUGCUCCAUGGCUCACGCUCAGCUCUGUUUCCAUGGCCACAGAGAUGCUGUCAAGUUCUUCACAGCUGUCCCAGGUCACACAGCUCCAUCUGCGUCCUGUGGAGGAGAAGCAGCAGGUGACAAGGCAACAGAUGCCACAGCUCAGGAAGGAACCAAGUCCAUGCUGGUGAUGAGCGGAGGAGAAGGCUACAUCGACUUUAGGAUGGGUGAUGAGGAUGGCGACACGGAGGAAGGCGAAGACCCUCCCAUGAAACUGCAACCCUUCCUGGCUAAAGCCGAGCGCAGCCACCUCAUCGUCUGGCAGGUCCUGAGCAGCGAGGACUGAACUCUGACCUCAGCAUGCCUGAGGCCUGAUUUGCCUUUUCUCUCAACUCUGUUGCCAUGGAGGAGGAGUUCAGGUGGACGACUCCCCUCCACAGGCAUGAGUUUAAUCAGCACUUUUUUCUUCCUCAAACCUGAUCAAACAGAAACAAGCAACAACUGCUCUGAGAUCUGACUCAGUGGUAAAGUGGACUGGAGCAGUGAAAACAGAUUCACACAAACUGCAUGUCGUUUUAUUAUUAGUCAUUUUCUCUUAUUUGUUCUAUUUUUAAAGUUUUUUUUAUUUUCCAGAUUUGAAUUUCAAUCUGUUAUAAUGCCUCUCUCUUUUAAUAUUAUUUGAGCUAAAGCUCUUAUUGAAUACAGAACUUUGAACUUUUUUUAUUAUAUUUGCACAGCAAAUACAAUGAAUUUUCCCCCUGACGUUUCCAGGUUUCUUUCACUCAGUUCAGUUAUUGUGUGCCCAUGCUGGACUACCCUUGAUGCUAAAUCUGUUGGUUGAAAGACAAAAUAAUCACCUGUGAGCUCCCCUGUUGCCCUUCAAUAAUGUAAGCUUGGGACAGGCGUGUGGGAGCCAGUCAUAUGAUUCCUGAUAUCCUAUGUCAUGUUUUUCAUCCUUUGAGAACUCAGCUUUUGAUUGUAUGCAAGAUGAAUUUAACUAAUCGCUAGUUGUCCUUAGAUCAGGAUGUGUUUAACUCGAAUGCAAUACAUCAGAUUCAUCUGCUUAGUAUUUGUUUGAGCAGAGAAUGGCCCCGUAUUUAUCUUAUCAUCAAGAUGUAAUGAUGGAAGCCCUGUGAUGCUUCUCAUGCGUGUCUGAUUUUCCAGUCACAGAGCAGCUACAGGCACAAAUCUUAUUUUUCUGAAAAAUAAAUACCAAUAUUUUGGAAAAAACGGAUUUGUUUGAUAACACAGUUGCGCUGUUCUCAAUGUAUUCCCAUAAUCCUCAAAGACCCUUCUGACCACCUGAAUGAAAAAUAUUCCAUCUACUACAUAUUAUAAAAGAUUGUAACCUGUUUCCGAUUUUGGCAAUACCUUCGGAGCAGCGCUAAGUGUUGUUAUAUUAGCUCCUGGGUUUUUAGCCAUGCUAGCAGCAUGGCUGUAUGGAUGGAGGUGUCUGUCGACGUGCGCACCACAUUUGGUGCGGUUGUCUCAACAGCUAAUUGAUGAAAAUUUGUUAAGGCAUUCAUGUCCCCCUCAGAAUGAAUUUAUAACUUGUUGAUCAUCUAGUGCCAUCAUCAGGUCUAAAUUUGAUCUUUUCUUACACUUUCACUCAUGUCACUGUCUUAUGACCGAACACAGGGACAUCUGCCUCAGCUGUACUCAGUGGUAGCGUUAGCACGCUAACAUGCUAAACUAAGAUCAUGAACAUGGUAAACAUUAUACUGUGCUAGCAUCGCAGAGUUGCUAGCUUUGGAUAGAGACUGUUCGUCCCGAUAAAAGAUGGCUGGGUCAUUAUUUUUCAGAAAAUCUGAUGUUUAGCUCUGUAAUUUGAACAUAAUGAUAAUACAUAAUCAGCACAAACUGAAGCUUAACUUACCCACUGGCCAAAUUCCAUUCAUAAAACCUGCAAUUAUGAAAUGAAAAGUGGCAGCAGCAGCUGCUACAUACUGUAAAUCCCACCUUCCUCACGUUAGUUUUGAUUGCUAUGCUGAAAGUUUGACAGACCUGUAUUUAAUCCAAUACUCCACGAGGUGUCUGUCAGCCCUCUGCUCAGUCUGCCCACCAGCUCCAGCUUGUUGACACUUAAAAAUAUGCCUUAGGUAUCAAGGGUUGAAAGGACUGACUUGUAGGCUUUUCAAGUGUGACAAAGUACUUAUUUUUGCUCGAAAGAAUGUUGUUUGUUACCAAAGGACAAAGAAUUAAAGAUGGAUGGUUGACCACAUGCUGAAACAGUACUAGUGUCUCAUCUAACAGGGCACCUUUGAGCAGCAUACUUGCGUCUGCCUCCAUGUAGAUAACAUGCAAGUUUUUGUAACAGAAAUCCUGGUGUAUAGAUAAGAUAUAUUUUUUGACUUUCAUAUUAGGAAAUUGAAAUAUUUUCAGGGUGUGAGAGAGGAGAAUGUGCUGGACCUGUUCUGUGAGAGGAUAUAACAAGCGGCCACGCUGAGGAUUAUCUAACCCCCCACCCCCAUUUAAUCCUUAUCUUGACAUGUAGAGGUCAAAAUUCUAACACUGACAUUUUUGGUUUUGGUGCACUGUUCUGCCCCCUUUGUACAAGAUGAUGAUGAUGUUUAUUUGAAGUUGUCAGUGACAUCCCCACCUGAUGGAAAACUGAUUAUUUUAGAAAAUGUUUAAAUCUAUUUUUCUCAACUUUUUUUUUUUUUUUUUAUUUAGUGUCUUUGACACUGAACUCUUGCAGUACAGUGUAGAAGAUGUUCAUUUGAGUGUAUGUCUGCCCUCUGU